AUGGCCAUCAGCUUCACAGCAAAAGUUUUCUCUUCCUUAUUUCCAGCAGAUAUGUCAAUCCUGAAUUAUUCCAUCUGUCCAAUUACUUUAGUUUUUGCAUGCUUGGUCAUCCUUGACUUACUCUCCUGUUCUGGAGUCAAUGCUGCUUCUGAUCAAAUGCAUGCAGCAUCAAGGACUGCAAGUGAAGGGAAAGCUCUUUUAACCUGGAAAGCCAGUCUCGACAAUUAUAGCCAAUCUAAGUUGUCAUCCUGGUCAUCUUCUGCAAACCCUUGCAGUGCCUGGGAUGGAGUUCGAUGCAACAAAGCUGGACGAGUAUCGGUGAUUAACAUCACUAGUUCUGGCAUCAAAGGUACACUUGAUCAUCUCAAUUUUUCGUCUCUACCCCAUCUAACUACAAUUGAGCUUUCCCAAAAUGCACUCUAUGGGACCAUACCAUCCAACAUUGGAAACGUUUCUAGACUAACCUAUCUUGCCUUCUGGUCUAAUCAGUUGUCCGGUGCCAUUCCUAUUGAAAUCAGCCAACUAACCAAUCUUAGGUUCUUGUACCUUUCCUAUAACUCAUUCAAUGGAUCAAUCCCUACUUCUAUUGGCAAUCUCACAGGCCUAACCAUGCUAAACCUAGGAAGCAACAAACUUUCUGGAUGGAUUCCAGAAGAGAUUGGGAAGCUCAAAUCUCUAACGAAACUCUCUUUAGCUAACAACAAGCUCACAGGUCCGAUUCCUCUGUCAAUUGGAAACUUAAGUGGCUUGACUCUGCUGCAUCUUUUCCAAAAUUAUCUUUCUGGACCUAUUCCCAAAGUAAUUGGAAACUUGACAAAGCUAAAUGAAUUAAGUUUUUUUGGGAACCAGCUAUCAGGUCCCAUUCCAGAAGAGAUUGGGGAGCUCAAAUCUCUUACUGGACUCUCUUUAGCUAACAACACGCUCACAGGUCCAAUUCCUCUGUCUAUUGGAAACUUAAGUGAUCUGACUCUGCUGUAUCUUUACCAAAAUUAUCUUUCAGGUCCCAUCCCAGAAGAGAUUGGGAAACUGAAAUCUCUGACAAAACUCACUUUAGCUAACAAUACGCUAACAGGUCGGAUUCCUCUGUCUAUUGGAAACUUAAGUGACUUGUCUCUGCUGUAUCUUUACCAAAAUUAUCUUUCAGGUCCCAUCCCAGAAGAGAUUGGGAAAUUGAAAUCUCUGACAGAACUCUCUUUAGGUAACAAUAUGCUAACAGGUCGGAUUCCUCUGUCUAUUGGAAACUUAAGUGACUUGACUCUGCUGUAUCUUUACCAAAAUUAUCUUUCAGGUCCCAUCCCAGAAGAGAUUGGGAAACUGAAAUCUCUGACAAAACUCACUUUAGCUAACAAUACGCUAAGAGCAUCUCCAAUGGGGGUGUAA